GCAAGAUCCAGAAGUGAUCCUUUUUUUUUCUCCUUUUUUUUUUUUUGUGCGUCUUUCCCCCUUUCCCCUGGAGUUACAAACUAUUUUCGAAGCCAGCUGCUGCUCCUGCUCUCCGAAUUUCCCCCGCUGCAGAAGGAGCCCGCAGAAACCCGGAGAUCCACCGCCGCGGGGGCUCCUCUUCCUCUUUCGCGCAGACCCCCCCCGGUUAUUUUUCGCCGUGUUUUUAACUCCUCCGCCCUCCCCCCCCCGCCCCGGCCGCCGUGUGCGUGUGCCUUGGUGUCGCCGCUGCCCCGUGUGUGCGUGCGCGCGGUGACACGGCGGCUCGGCAAGCUGCUCCUCCAAGUCCCCUGCCCCAAUUUGCCCGGACCAUGCUCUGACCACACAAAGACGGGCUUUUCCGUGAAGGACAUCCUGGCUCCCGACACCAACGACGAGGACGGUUCCGCCGCGGAGGGCGGCGAGGAGGAGAGCGAAGCGCCGGAGCCCCCCAAGAAAGCGGGCGUUCUGGGACAGACCCCCUUGGACACUGUUCAGGCGCGCCCGAAGAGCCCCUUCUACGACAACAGCGACAACCCCUACACGCGCUGGCUGGCGAGCGCCGAGGGCAUCCAGUACUCCCUGCACGGGCUCACGGCCGGCGGCGGCGGCCCGGACGCCGCCGCCAAGUCCCCGGAGCCGUCGGCCGACGAGUCGCCCGACAACGAGAAGGAGGCGGCGGGCGGCGGGGACGCGGGGAAGAAGAGGAAGAGGAGGGUGCUCUUCUCCAAGGCGCAGACCUACGAGCUGGAGCGGCGGUUCCGGCAGCAGCGGUACCUGUCGGCGCCCGAGCGGGAGCACCUGGCCAGCCUGAUCCGCCUGACGCCCACCCAGGUGAAGAUCUGGUUCCAGAACCACCGCUACAAGAUGAAGCGGGCCCGGGCCGAAGGUAUGGAAGUGACUCCUCUUCCCUCCCCGCGGCGGGUGGCCGUGCCGGUCUUAGUCAGGGACGGCAAGCCCUGCCACACGCUCAAAGCUCAGGACUUGGCAGCCGCGACUUUCCAGACGGGAAUCCCCUUCUCCGCCUAUAGCGCCCAGUCUCUACAGCAUAUGCAAUACAACGCCCAGUACAGCGCGACCAGCAACCCCCAGUACCCCACAGCACACCACUUGGUACAGGCUCAGCAAUGGACUUGGUGAACGCUGUAGGAGAGCGUGCACACACGCACACGUUCCAUGCGCGCAACCUCACGCAAGCACACACACGCAAAAAGGAGGAAAAAAUAGAGAGACAGACAGACUGAUGCUCCAAAAAGAAAAUCAAACUACAGGGGAAGGAAUGGAGAGGGAAACGCUAUUACUAUUAUUAUUAUUAUUAUUGCUAUUAUUAUUAUUAUUAUGUUUGGGGUUUUUUUCCCUCUCCUUUUUCUUUCCCCUCCAUUUUUGGGGGGCUCGGUUUCAU